AUGCCUGCCGUUCUACCACUGAGGGUCAUCUGCCGCAAUGUUACAUGGGUGACUGACAGCGCUGGUCAACCUCACAAAGCCACCAGAUUCUUUGUCGACGAUCCCCGCAAACUCGGCGUCCAGCAGUUCGACAUCGUCUCGUAUCAUUACGGCAGGAAGGCGAAGCCAUGGAGCUGUGCGGAACCAAGCGAGGACUGGCACGGUCUCCCAGGCGUCGAUUGGAAAGUGAAUAUCCGGAAGUCCAAGUUGAAGGAGGUACUGCGGCUGAUGGAAGAAGCCGAUAUCGAUUACUUAUGGACAGACUGCGUCUGCUUCGAUCAGGAGAAUAAGGCUGAGAAGUCAGCCGAGGUCAGUCGCAUGUACGAGUACUACAAGAGCGCGGAGACGUGCCACAUCGUCGUCAACAUGGAUGACAUCGCCAGUGCCCAUGACGUCGAAGAGGAGGAGGAGGAGGAGGAGGCCGCGGAAUCCGAAAACGACACACCAGCACAUGAGGCCUUCGGAUCCCCCAGCCUGAUCCACAACCCCGUCUGGGAUCCCCAAACCAUCGUCGACGACCUGAAGUUCCUCGACCACAUCCUGCACCACAUGGUCGGCGCCGCGCGUGCAACCGAUGCCCUGCUGGGCCCCAACGUGACCAGAGAGCUGUCGGACUGGGCAGAAGCGCCGUGGCUCUUCCGCAUGACGCAAGGAGCCGUCAAGGCCGCGGCCGUCGAGCCAGGUAUCUUGAACUGCUAUGCGACAUGCGUCAGCCACGUGCGGUCGCUGUUCCGCAAUCUGUACUUCUCCCGCGUCUGGACAUUCCAGGAGAUGCUGCUGGGCAAGAAUAUCACCAUGUGGGGUGUCAAUCCGGAGGACAUGAAGUGCAUCGGGCAGUUCGGCACCUGGAUGGACCUGGCCAUCGACGCCAGCGACAAGGCCGUCAAGCUCCGCGACUGGAUCGACGAGUGCCGAAAGCUCAAUACCACGGGCGUCAACGCCAUUCUGCAGGUCAUCCAGGAGGAUCUCCUCGAGCUCACUUUUCUGCGCACGCAGGUCCAGGGCAUCAACUCGGCGCGGACGGACAUCAUUGCGGGCGGGCCGUACUGGUGGCAGGACAACUACAAGGGGAUCUGCAACGUCUUUUCCGCCAUCUCCAUCUGGCCGCGCCGGUGCGAAAAGCGCGCCGAUAUCUUCUAUGGUCUCCUGGGCGUGUUCAGCGGCCUGUUUACUGAGGAGGAGAUCAAGCACCUACCAGGCAGGGGCGAGAGCGAGGAGAUCGAGCCCAUCGCCUUUGCCUUCUUCAAGCAGUUGUCCCUGAGAACCGAGCGCGCCUGGACCCGUCUGGCGAUCACGAGCGGGAAUCGAGGCGAGUGGGACUGGAUCCCUGUGACCGCGAACCCCAAGCGCAUCAGAACCACCGACCUCUUCGCGGGUGUCGUCGACCUAGGGUUUCUGACGCAGAAGGGCCGAGUCAAGACGCUCGCGAUCACUGGCCUCCAGGGGACACCACGACCGUACAUCCGAUUCCGGCCGGAACAGCAGGCCAAGAACGCAGGCUUCACCUUUGUCUUCCGCGGCUGCAACGCCGGCAAAAAGGUCAAGAUCUCGACCUUCAAGUCCGAGCUCAUUCCGGUAUCCGAGAAAGCGAGGACCGUUGUCGGGGAUGAAACCGGUCGGACCCUGGUGCAGGUUUCGACCAUCCUGGGAGCCCUGUUCGAUCCCGCCGGAAACCUCGUCGAGUACCGACGCAGGCUGCUGGAAAAGCUGCAACCAAGGUGGCACGUAUCCGACCCCAACGCCAAACCCGCCGGCUGGAUCGACAGAUGCGUGAGCGGCACCCCCUGGGAAAAUCCCAUGCUGGAGUACAUCCGGGCGCACAACCACUCGGCGAGGUACCACCUGCAAGCGAUCCGGGACUGCCAAUCGCGUCUGUACAACGACGCCACGGCCGACAUCUCGUGCGAGGUCCGGAUCGAGUGUGGAUGCACCAUCGUUGCGCCGUUCUACUUUGUCGUGGAAGGCCUGAUCGCGGUGCAGGGGGGCUUCCUCGGCAAGAUCUCGGUCGGGCUGGACAGGGACAACCGCAUCAUUCUGCAGGACGGCGUGGGAUUGAUACAGCCGGGCGACGUGGGCAAGGGAUUCCACAUUGUCGCGUUUGAAGGCGACGUCCACGCUCACCGCGACUAUGCGUCUAGCUGUCGGAGCACCAAGAAGGACAAGGCGGUGGUGGUGUCUCAACCCGAAGCCUGGCCUCGAGGCAGAGCUAUUGUGAGGGACGACUUUAGCCAUGCUGCACCCGACGUGAUGAGAGACUAUGGAUAUAUCCAGACUGGCGGGUAUGUUCAGGAAGACGGCUUUGUGCAGACGGGGGGCUCGGGGAACUUGCUGAUAUGCAGGAAUCACCCGGUGGGAGAUUACAGGAUUGUGGGAGUCUGUAUCGACAAUUUCAUGGCGAACAAGAAGGGAGAGAAGAAGGUUGUUAUUCGCUAG